AUGGUUGGAGCCUUGGUGGGUGCAAUCGUUGGAUCAUUGCUCUCUGUAUCCCUUAAGGCGGCUUAUGACAAGUUGACUUCUCCAGAGGUUGCCAACUACUUCAAGCGAAAGAACAAUGAUUUAUUGCUGACAAAAUUGAAGAUGCUGCUGAAUUCUGCUGAUGCAGUACUCAUUGAUGCGGAGGAGAAGCAAAUUACAAACUCAGUCGUGAAAAAGUGGCUGGACGAUCUCAGAGAUGCUGUUUAUGUUGCGGAUGACCUCCUGGAUGACAUAGGCACUGAAGCCUUAGUAGCUGAAUUUUCGGAUGAUAAUGAGGUACGUAAAUUCUUAUCUGAUACAUUUAAUUCGUUUGACAAUCGGAUAAAAUCAGAUCUGAAAAAAAUCUUUGAAAGUGAAGAUGCCAAGGAGGUUAAUUUGAAGGAUAAAAAGUACUUGUCAGAGUUGGAGUUGCAAUGGGGACGGGGCCAUAUCAUCUCCCAGGAUGGAAAUGAAAUAGAUGUGCUGAAGCAUUUGUGUCAUCAUACAAACUUGAAAUCUCUCACCAUCCGAUGUUAUUAUGGUAAAACAUUUCCAAAUUGGUUAGGAGAUACUUCAUUCUCUAAUAUGGUGUCCCUGAAGCUUUGUGAUUGUGAGUGUUGCUUGGCCUUACCUCCACUUGGAAGUCUACCUGUCCUGAAGAAACUCUCAAUUGAAGGCUUUAAUGACGUGGUAAAUGUGGAUAAAGAGUUCUAUAGGAAUGACUCCAUUACAACUACGCCAUUCAAAUCCCUCGAAACAUUAACAUUUAAAACGAUGCCAAAGUGGAAAGAAUGGGCCACAUUUGAAGGUGACAUUUUCUCUACUCUUCGAGAACUUCACAUUAUCAACUGUCCCGUGCUAAUUGGGAAUCUACCCAAAACCCUUCCCUCUUUAACUGUACUUGAAAUUACAAAUUGUAAGCCGCUUGUUGCUUCACUUUCUAGUUUUAUGGCUCUCCGUGAAUUGCACUUGACAGACUGUGAUAAGGUGCAAUUGAGGAAAGUACCAACUAGUCUCCAAAGUCUCACAAUUGGAGGAUGCCAUACACCUCUCCCAAUGGGUGGUCUACCCGGUACAUUAAAAUCACUUGUAAUCUCUGGGAUAUUACAAUUGUCAAGGGAUUAUAGCUCUCCAUCAGUUGAAACCUUGAAAGUAAAGAAGGGCCCUGGUUUGCUCUGGUCUUUACCACUAGAGUUAUUCCCAAAGCUCAAACGAGUUGAAAUGUUGGACUGUGAACAUCUUCAAUCUCUUUCCACAUUGGAGCAAUCUUGCCAGAGUCUUACUUCUCUUACUUGUUUGGAAAUCAAAAAUUGCCGUAAUUUUGUGUCCUUUCCUCGCAGUGGACUUUGCGCCCCAAAUUUAAGAAAGAUUGAAGUUUCUGAUUGCCAAAAGUUAAAGUCACUACCUGAUAGUAUGGCUUUGAUAUUGAUUCGGUGUCCAGAACUCGAAUCAGUUGCUGGCUGCAGGUCACUUUCUGUUGUCAAUGACAAGUGCCUUACCCUUCGCAGUCAAUUUCAUGCCACUGCUAGUUUGAUCCUUUAG